UGUCUGUGUCUAUGUAUGUAUGUCUCAGUACGGGAAAGUUGUAAAUAAUUUUCAUUAAAAUUUUGACGAAGCUCCUCAAUUAGAAGCCUAAGUUAAAUAAAAAGUGACCGAAUGAUUACAAAGUGAGUUCUGAAAGUGAUGGGAACCUGUAAAUGGUGUGCCUUAUGAAACAAAAAACUAUCAUUGCGCACGAUCCCCCAACGCCAUUUUGAAGCGAAAUUUUGUAUAUAGCGGGUGGUGCGGAGGAUGGCCCGACCCAACGGGAGCGCUCUCAAUAACUGACGGACGCUGCCGGCUUCCAGCUGGCGCAAGCAAUAAAAAUGCCACGACCUGGCAGUCUAAAAGACCCAGACAUUGCUGAAUUAUUCAGUAGACAUGAUCCGGAGAAGAUCUUUGAGGACCUUCGUGAGAUCGGUCAUGGGUCCUUUGGGGCAGUCUACUAUGCACGCUGCAAUCUCACAAAAGAGAUUGUGGCAAUUAAGAAAAUGUCAUAUGUUGGUAAACAGAGUGAAGAGAAAUGGCAGGAUAUCCUAAAAGAAAUUAAAUUCCUCAAACAGCUGGAACAUCCAAACACUAUAGAGUAUAAAGGGUGCUAUAAACGAGAACAUACAGCAUGGCUAGUGAUGGAGUAUUGUGUUGGUUCCGCAUCAGACAUCAUAGAGGUCCACAAACGGCCACUACGCGAGGAAGAGAUCGCGGCAAUCUGCGAAGGCGUAGUGUGCGGUCUCUCUUACCUACACAGCCUAGGACGCAUCCACAGAGACAUAAAGGCGGGCAACAUAUUACUUACUGAGAAUGGCACGGUCAAGCUCGCUGACUUCGGCAGCGCGAGUAUCAAGUGUCCCGCCAACAGCUUCGUGGGCACUCCGUACUGGAUGGCACCUGAAGUUAUACUCGCUAUGGACGAAGGACAGUAUGAUGGAAAGGUGGACGUCUGGUCGCUAGGCAUAACGUGCAUCGAGCUUGCAGAGCGCAAGCCGCCAUACUUUAAUAUGAACGCCAUGUCCGCACUCUACCACAUCGCGCAGAACGACUCCCCCACCCUACAGGCGCCGGAAUGGACGGACACGUUCCGGUACUUCGUGGAGGCAUGCCUGCAGAAGAACCCGCAGGACCGGCCGUCGUCCACCAAGCUACUGUCGCAUCCGUUCAUCACGCGGCCGCGCUCCCCCAACGUACUAGUGGACCUCAUCCAGCGGACCAAGGCUGCCGUACGAGACCUCGACAACCUCAACUACAGGAAGAUGAAGAAGAUACUGAUGGUCGAUGCUGAUAACGAGAGUGCUAUAGGGGACAGCGAGGAGACAGCGGAGGAGCGGUCUGGCGGUGACAGCUCGAAGUCUAACUCUGCGACGUCGGAGCACAGCGCCGCCGGCGCCUCCAGCCAGAGCUCCUCCUCCGGCAGUCUGCGUCGCCGUCCACACGCUGCAACGAACGCGAACCACCACAGCCAGGCGGGCGCGCCGGCGCAGUACAGCCACCUCAACCACCAGCACCCCGCGCACUCCGCGCUGCCCGCCAGAGAGAGCGAGAGCCCUCUAGCGGGGGCGCACGACGACUACGUGAACAAGGACGCACUCAGGGACUACGCCAACCGCGACUCGCUGUGUGACGACUAUGGAGACGAUUACGCCAACCGCGACGCCAUCCGCGAGGCGCGGGACCGCGACCGGGAACGGGAGCGCGACCGCGAGCGCGAGCGGGACCGCGAGCGGCCGCCCAGCGACUACCGCGAGUACGUCAACGCGCCCGCCGCCUGGCACGACCCCGACGACAACCGCAACACGCAGCGCAGGCAGACCACUCGCAGUAUAAGCAACAAUGUAUCGGCAGCCAUGUCGCUGGUAUCGGAACACGGUGCCAAUAACUUUGCUACGAUACGAACCACCAGCAUUGUCACCAAACAGCAGAAAGAACAUAACCAGGAGAUGCACGAGCAGAUGUCGGGCUACAAGCGCAUGCGGCGGGAGCACCAGGCGGCGCUGGUCAAGCUGGAGGAGCGCUGCAAGGCCGACGUCGACGCGCACAAGGCGCAGCUCGACCGCGAGUACGAGGCCCUGCUGCAGCAGCUCUCGCGGGACCUCGAGCGCCUGCAGACCAAGCACGCGCAAGAAUUGGAACGCAAGCAGAAACAGAACGCAGCGGCUGAGAAGAAGUUAAUAAAGGACAUUACGGCGAGGCAGGAACAGGACAGGAAGGCGUUUGAGACGCAACGCAAACGCGAAUACAAGGCGAACAAGGAGCGGUGGAAAAAGGAACUCAGCAUGGACGACGCCACACCUAAGAGACAGCGGGAUGCCACGCUACAGUCUCAGAAGGACAACCUGAAGCAGGCGGAGGCGGCGGAGGAGAUGCGACUGGUGCGGUCGCAGCGCGAGUACCUCGAGCUCGAGCUGCGCCGCUUCCGGCGCCGUCGCAUGCUGGCCCUGCAUCACAAGGAGCAGGAACUACUGCGGGAGGAGCUGAACAAGCGACAGAAUCAACUGGAACAGGCACAUGCAAUGUUACUACGUCACCACGAGAAAACGCAGGAACUUGAGUAUAGGCAACAGAAAGGUGUACACGCGUUAAGGGAGGAGCAGUUGUCGAACCAGCACGGCACGGAGCUGGCCAACCAGCGCGACUACAUGCAGCGCGCCGAGCACGAGCUGCGCAAGAAGCAUGCGCUGCAGCUUAAACAGCAACCCAAGAGCCUCAAGCAAAAAGAAAUGCAGAUUCGCAAACAGUUUCGUGAAACAUGCAAGAUACAGACACGCCAGUACAAGGCGCUCAAAGCGCAGAUACUGCAGAUGACUGCUAAGGAGCAUCAGAAGGAAGUGAUAAAAACGUUGAAGGACGAAAAACGUCGCAAGCUUGUGCUGUUGGGUGAGCAGUACGACCAGAGUAUCACUGAGAUGUUGCAGAAGCAGACAGUCAGGCUGGAUGAAAGUCAGAUGAUGGAGUGCCAGCAACUGAAGAUGCAGCUGGAGCACGAGCUGGACAUGCUGACUGCCUACCAGAGCAAGAGCAAGAUGCAGGCCGAGGCGCAGCGCAACCGCGAGCGGCGCGAGCUCGAGGAGCGGGUCGCCGUGCGCCGCGCCCUGCUCGAGCAGAAGGUACGUGCCCCUUCCUCCCCCCGCCCCCCUCCCCCGAGCGAGCCGGCAGUGACGGUGCGUGCGUUGCAGAUGGAGUCGGAGUGCGCGCAGUUCGUGGCGGAGCGCGCCGAGCGCACGCGCCUGCUGCACGAGCGACACGAGAGGGAGCUCGAGCACUUCGACAACGAGAGCGCACGUCUCGGCUUCAGUGCGAUGGCGAUCGCGGAAGGCAGCCGGGAGGGUUACGGCGAGGAGGAGCAGUCGCUGUCGGGUUCCAUGCUGUCGCUGGCGCACAGCAACUCGUCCGCCAGCUUCGCCGCGGGCUCGCUUUAAUGCCCGCCAGCUGGCCGCGGGCCCACUGUACUGGCCGCCAGCUCCCCGCGAGCUCGCUGUACUGGCCGCCAGCUGCGACCUGUGCUGUGGGCUCUCUGUGGCCUGCCGUUAUCGCCUAAUGCUGUUGCCAAACUACUCGCUUAUACACACGUAACGUGUACGCUUUUCUAGAUCAUGCUUGUCGUAUUCGUGAUGGAAAAUUUGAAUGUAAUGACGCUCGGCACGCGAUUCCUUCAUCGUUCAUCUUUCUGACUCGAGCCACUGUGAUAAGGCUCUUUCACACAAAUGACAUGGUGUAGGAAUAGUAUUCUAACAGCGUCGUCAGUACAAGGUACACUGCUGUAAAACCAGAGAAAUAUAAAAGAGGAUCGAAUCAUAACUAUCAACAUCUUUUUCACCAGUCGCGUAAACACAAGCAAUUUUUUAAACCUUUCCUAGGUUAAAAAUAUUGUGAAUCUGAUUAACAACUAGUUUGAUUCAAUUAUUAUUGUUUUAAUCAAACAUGACUGAGAAAGUUUCGAUACUCGAUAUGUGUAGAAUAAGUGUUUGCUCAAAAUAUAGGGC